UGGCAAUAAUUUUGUGUUUGUCAAAAAUUUUGAGAAUAUUGCUAAAGAAUAAAUUUCGUCUUUUCUGUAUUUCUAUUUUUUCUAUUUAUAAAUAGUUAAUCUAAAAAAAUCAUAAUAAUGUCGGAAAAUAAGGAUGUUGCAAAAAAGGACGCCGACCCUGAACUGGAAGACUUGAUGAACAGUGCCUUAGAUGAAAUGACAAAGAGGCUAGAUCGGGAGGCAAAUCCUCAGGAAGUCCCACAGAAUAUGUGGAGUGAGGAGUUUAUAAAAGAAGCCGCUGCCCAGUUUGAAAGUAACAUGGCUGCCAUUCUCGGCGGAUUUAGUGGAGUACCAGAGGACCAAAUAUCACAGGAACAAAUUGCACAGACAUUUUCUAAAAUGGCAGAAGCCGCCGCACAAGUGUUAAAGCCGCCUACGGAAGGAGCCGUCACCGAGCCACCGCCCGCAGACCCUGCGGUACAAGAGAAAAUAGAUGAGGUGUCAGCGGCGAUAUCACAAACUCUUCAGAACCUAAAUACUAACGCGGAAAAUCUACAGACUCCGUUUUCGGACGCGGAUCUUGCAAAUAUGUUCAAUAACUUCAACCUUGGAGACGGAGGUAACCAGGAAGGCAACAUGUUCCUACCUUUCAUGCAAGGCAUGAUGCAGUCUCUAUUAUCUAAGGAGGUACUCUACCCAUCGCUCAAGGAACUGGUGGAGAAGUACCCAGCCUGGCUAGCGGAGAACAAAGGGAAGAUUGAACAGAGUGAAUAUGAGAGAUUUGAGCAGCAGCAAAGUCUCAUGCAGCAGGUGUGCGCCGAGCUGGAGCCGGAGCAAGAGACCGACGCGGAGGACGUCAAACGAAAACGCUUCGAUACCGUACUCAAAUUGAUGCAACAGAUGCAAGACCUAGGACAACCCCCCACCGAGUUGGUUGGUGACAUAUCCGCCCCCCCGGAAGGUUUCGUCGCGCCGGCCGGCCAAGACGCGUCGCAAUGCACCGUCAUGUAAUGACAUACAAACACACAUGUCUAUGCACUAUGUAGUGUACGAAACGUAUAGACUAAUUGGUGCUUUACUGCGGAAAUGAGAAUAAUCAUCUGUCAUACAUCUCUACUCUGUGACAGUGGUUCUGCUUUGUCUAUGGUUUUAGUAAAAAGUAAAACACAUUAUGAUCUUUGUUUAAGCCUUUUAUGCUCCCAUUUGUUGUAACACUAGUGAGCCGCCUACGACUUGGUUCGCGUGUUAUUCAGAAUUUUUUGGAUAUUCUUUUUCUGUAUAUAUUACACGCCCUGUGUUGAUCUAAGAUUAUCGGUUCAAAAAUACCAAAGAAUAACGAAUAGACAAACAAAAUUUUCAACAACUUUAGGUAUUUACUUGUACCUUUUCAAAAAAGUUUUCAUAAGAUUAAGAGAAGUUUCUAAAACUUUCUCAAUUUUUUUUUUCUGUAAAUUCAAUGAUUUCCAUUACUUUCCCUGUUAAAUAAAACACUGUAACAAUAUAAAAGAAUCAUGACGUGAUGAUUAUAAUUGUUUCUUACUGUGUGAAAAUUACGACAAUCAUUGUGACGAUUGUCUUUUUGCAAUUAUAUAAAUUAAGGUAAUUAAAUUAUUCUUAAUAAUCAUAAUCAUAUUGUUUGAGUAACAUUGACAAUGAUUCUAAUCAUAUUGUUUUGAGUAAUGUUGACAAUGAUUAUAAUCAUAUUGUUUGAGUAAUGUUGACAAUGAUUCUAAUCAUAUUGUUUGAGUAACGUUGACAAUGAUUAUAAUCAUAUUGUUUGAGUAAUGUUGACAAUGAUCACAUUGUUUGAGAAACGUUGACAUUGAUUAUAAUCAUACUGUUUGAGUAAUGUUGACAAUGAUUAUAAUCAUAUUGUUUGAGUAAUGUUGACAAUGAUUAUUAUGAUCAGUGAUUGUAUAAAUGAGUGAAUCAAUGAAACAUAUAAAAUCAAAUAAAACAUAAUUAUGAUGUUGCAAAUAGUAGAGGAGCCCAUGAAUGUUACUUUGGGAUUUACUCGAGCAUCGUGGUGAGUUUUGCUACAUUACAGUACAGAACAUACAGUUUUGCUACAUUUUGAUGAAAAUCUUGUAAAAAUUUCUACUUUCAGUGAUGGGAAAAGCGUUCACAGAUUUUAGAGACACUUUGUAUUACUUCAGCUUGGGGAAAUUGGAUGAAUAUUUUUGUUUUUCUAGGAUUAUGUCCUUCAAAAUAAUAAAGAUAUGAUCAAGAAUGGAAAGUCAACUUAUUUUGCAACAUUGCAACCAUCACACUCCUUUAGAUUACGCUCAAAUCUUCAGAUUUUUCUAAAUGCACAGUUUUAA